GCUCCAUCAGCGGAUUCUGUUUUGAUAUGUUGUUGUUUAGCUAGCAGACCCAGUGAAACCAUUCUACUCUUUUGUAAUGGAAAAUGUCGAUAAUAAUCGCGCUUGACUGAUCUUUCCCUUGCUGGGAUAGGAGAAUAACUUGUAGUUAGUAACCAUGACAGCAGCUGCUGCUCUGCAGAUUGGAGACCAGCUGAUCCUGGAAGAGGACUACGAUGAGAACUAUAUCCCCUCUCAACAAGAGAUCCAUGAGUACGCACGAGAGAUUGGCAUUGAUCCCAAUCGGGAGCCCGAGCUCCUAUGGCUGGCCAGAGAGGGCAUUGUUGCCCCACUGCCUCCCGAAUGGAAACCCUGUCAAGAUGUGACGGGGGACGUGUACUACUUCAACUUCUCCUCGGGCCAGUCCACCUGGGACCACCCGUGUGACGAGCAAUACCGCAGCCUGGUAAAUCAGGAGCGAGAACGAGCCGGCACCCAGCCUCACGGGCCCCCCACCACCGCUGCUAAAAAGGAGAAGAAAAAUAAAAAAGACAAGAAGGAGAAAAAGAAGAAGGCAAAAGACCAAGAGCUCCUGAAGCCACCACGACCAUUAAGCUUGACCUUUGGGCCCCUGCAGGCCCCGUUGGGGAGCCUUGCUCCUCUACGGGGUCUUGAUGGCCCGGCCUUGAGGGGGUCCCUGAGCAGCUCUGGAGGGCUGGAGCCCCUGAAGACUCCCCUUGGGGGUCCUCUCUCAAGCCUCGGGUCCAGUCUACUGGGAGGGCGACAGGAGGAGCGUGUGGCUUUCUCUCCGCCUGGGUUCGAGGAUGAAGAGGAUAACAUCUCAGAGGAUGAGCAGCCGAGUCGUCGUGGCUCGACCAGACUGUUACAGAACCUGCACCUGGACUUGGAUGCGUUGGGAGGAGGGCUGCAGUAUGAGGACAGCGAGGCCAGUGGACUGGCCCCACCAGAGGAAAAGACAGAAGCAGAGCUACAGGACCUGGCCCUGUCUGGAGAGCACAGCCCUGAGUCCCCCUCUCAGCAGCAGUCGGAGGCCAGCGAGCACAUGGAGGUGGCAUCCUCCUCCACUGAGGACCUCAAGUCUGGUUUUGGCUCCAAGUUGUCAGAGAAAGUCCUGGCCCUGAAGGAUCUCUCCCCUGCUGUUAGUCCACUCCUGCAGGACAAAGUGGGGAUAGUGAAAGUCAGUGCGGAGGAGGAGAAGGAACGGAGGAAGAGGGCAGAAGCUGCAGAGAGGCGUCUCCAUGGUGCAGGCAGGGAGGAUCCAGUGAUGGAGGACAGGCCCCCCAGCCAGCCCAGUGAAUCCCAGCAGACCACAGGGUCCUCCCACUGUGAGCCGGAACCCCGGCCGCGGGCCGAGGUGGUCAGCGCCAGCACCAGCCUAGGGGUGCCGGGGGUCCAGCGGCCUGACACCUCCAGAGGCCGCCUAGUUAGGAGCCCCCACACCCAGUACAAAGAGGAAGCCCCCAGACAGGGGGAGGACAGCAGAAGGGCCCAGGAGGAGGAGAGGGAGAAGGAGAGGAGGGAGACUGAGAGGGAGAUAGAGAAGGAGCGUGCGCUGCGCGAGAGGCAGGAGAAGGUGCGCCUCCUUCAGGAGGAGCUGAGGCGGGAGGAGGAGGAGGAGGAACGGAGGCUGAAGGAGGAGAGCGAGGAGAGGGUCAGGAGCCUGAGGGAGAGGCUCCAGAGUAAGGGGAGGGAAGAGGAGAGCAGGCCGAGUGUGGAGUCUGAAAGCAGGCUACUGGAGCUGAGGGAGAUGGCCCGGAGGGAGAGAGAGAACCAGCAACGCAACAUCAGGGAGGAGGGCGAGGCGAUGCUGAGAGAGCUGCGUGCCACCCUGGAGGCGGAGACAGAGGCGGAGCGAGAGAGGAUAGAGGCCCAGGGGAGGCGGGACCUGGAGCGACUGAGGGAGGAGUCAGAGGAGAAGCUCCAUGCGGAGAAGCGGAGACUGCUUGGGGAGCGGGGGGAGCAACUCAGCUCCCUCAAACAGGAGGGGAGAAGCAGUGCCAGUGAGAGGUGGAGGGAGUUGAAGAGCCCUCGUAGCCCAGAGCAGCAUCUAGCAGAGUACCAAAGAGAGUUGGGAGACGUGCUCCAGGAAGUGAGGGAGGAAGUGCAGCGUGACCACGCCAGGAAGCUGGGGCAGCUCAAAGACGACCACCACAGAGAACUCAGCUCUAUCAGAGAGAGUCAUCUGGACCAGGAGGCUGUCCAAAAGGAACAGUUGCUGUGUGUCCUGCAGGAGGAGAGGGAUCGCCUGCUGGCCGCACACAGCGCCCAGCUGGAAAGACUCCGUACACAGCUAGACUCCCAGCUCUGCAAGACCCGCCAGACACACACACGCAAGGAGGCAGAGAUUCAGGAGCUGGGGGACAGGCUGGAGCUGAGGGCCAGGGAACUGAAGAGCCAGGAGACAAUACUGAAGACCCAGGCAGCGAAUUUGAAGAAGAGGAGGCAGCAGCUUGGGGAUGAAGAGGAUGAGAUAGACAGAGGAAUUGAGGCUCUGCCUGGAGUCAUGCAGGAGAGAGAUGGACUGAGAGGGGAUCUGGAGCGGGUGGAAGGACAGAGGGACAGGGCGAGGCAGGAGGCGGAGAGAGGGCGGGAGGACAGGACCAAAGCGAGAGAGGAGUUGGAGAGAAUGAGGGAGGAGAGGGACAAAGCGAGAGAGGAGAGCAGGAGGAUGAAGGAGGAGCGGGACCGGCUGGAGAGCAAGGUGGAGCUGCUGCAGGAGCGCUGUGAUCGGCUGGGCCGCAGAGUCAGUGAUCUGGAGCAGAGUGAGAUCAAGAGGCCUUCUACUAGACUGGACAGAACAGAGGAGGAGGAGAGGAAGAAGGAGAAGGAUAGCGAGGCAGCGCCCUCUGCUGGACGGGAGAAAGUGCUGCAUGUGGAACACCUGAAAGAACCUCCUCUCUCCCCCAUCUCCAGAGACAGCGAGAGCAGCUUGGACGACUUGCAUCAGUAUAUCUCCUCUGAGGGCCUGUCCCUGCAGAAGGCCCGGCGCUUCCUGGAGAGGGAGAGUGGUCGUCUGAGUGAGAGACAGGCAGCGCUGCAGGCAGCGCAGGCCCUGUCCAGCUCCUCUCAGUACCCCAACACCACCACGCACACCCAGGCCACACAGGAGAUGUACAGGAACCUGCAGCAGGUACGUGAGGCCAGUGACGUGGAGGAGUUGAGGGUGACUGUGCAGAGGGGGAACUCGCUGCUACGCAGGAAAGAGGAGAGGCUGCAACAGCUAGAGAGCUCCGUAGCUGAAGAGGUCUCCCAUCAUCACUACUAUGAUGACCAGGGCAGACUGGCUGCUGAUAGGAAGGUGACCUUUGAUGUGACUGAAUCGGAUAUGAGCAGCGUCAGCAACAGCCAUGAUGGCCCAGGUGGGGAGCCCGCAGUGCCAGCUAAGGUGCAGCACUUAGCCGAGUCGCUCCAGCACAUCUCUGGCCAGCUCAACACAGUCCUGGGGGCUCUGGGCUCUCUGACUCAACGCCAGACCCCUUACCAGCCUCUCCCACUACCUCUGCCCCUCUCCCAGCCCCGAACCCCCACCUCAAUGCCUCUUUCACAGCUCUCCAUGCCUCUGUCUGGGCCCUCCUGGGCGUGGGCCCCUCACAGCACCUCCACCCAACCACGGGAUUCUGAGGACCUGCUCAACAGCCGCUGGGCCAAGCUCUUCCCUGGGGCUUCUAUUGAGUCCAUAGCCACCAGUUCCUUGAGGACCAAUGCACUUUAUUCAGGGUACAGUCCUGCAAGUGAGCAGGCUCGUAGUCUGUCCUCCAUGCAGCCUAAGGCAGUGGAGAUGGAUGGCCAGAGGCUUCAGGGUCUGAUCGACGGCAACAAGAGAUGGCUGGAGACACGCAGGAAAGACCCCAGCUUUCAUCAGACCUCUGUUCACACGUUAUCGGACCCCCCCAACUAUGAGUGGACUGGUCCAGCUGAGCCUGGAUGACAACAACCAGAUUAAAGUGUACCAUUACUAAAGGGGGGUGGGGAAGGGAGAAGUUACAUACGGAGCAAGGAUCAACACAAGCAGAUAAAGCUGUAUUGUUACUGAAAAAGGGCUAAGGACAGGGGUGCGUUUUUAAAAUGCACUUUUAAUGCAGGGAUCCCUCUAGCUCUGGUCCAGGGCAUUACUAGAGGAACCGCCCUCGGCUGUGUGUGGACCAAAGGAACGCCCUGGACCAGAGCUAGGAUUCCCCAACAACCAAAUUUCCAUAUCAGAUUACUGUAAGAAACAUUUUUAAGACAUCUGACCUCCAGUGAACUCUUCGUCCUCAGGUUUAGCUGUGAUUGUGUGACAGAAGAGAGGACACUAGGGCUGUUUCAGUGGUCUCUGUAAUUUCAUUCCAUUGGCAUGCAAGGUUGAAUAGCUUGGGAGUAUGGAGACAAUAGCCCCAUAGUCAACAAAUCACUUUGUUUCCCAAUUUCUUUGCCUCUAGCUAUUUAAAUGUUUCUAAAGCAGAAUGCAUAGCUGUUACAUAUUCAAUAGGUGCUUCACUUUAUUGGGAGAGACAUCUCAAGGUUUAUGAGAGCGAUACCGUUGAUAUCUUAAAUUUAUAAGCGACUAAAGAUCAUGGUAUCAGGUUGUAUAAGAGAUGUUGUAAUUCUGCUGUAUGAGAAGUUCAAGCCAUACCAUAAUAACCACUACAAGGGCAGGACAACUUGUGAAGCAUUCAGUCUGUAUGAAAUUCUGGUAAGAGAGACCCUCUUCCAGUGUGUUUACUGUGCAGAUAGAUGUGUGGAAUUUUUACAGUAUUUUUAUAAAUAAAGUGGUGUAUAU